AUGUCGGAGAAUUCGCUAAAGAAUGGAGCACCACGUUCUGAAUUCUUUUUGAUGACCGGUGAUAAAAUGAUCAGUUUGAACCAUAAAAUAUCUCCUCGAUACGCCGAGAUGCAUUUCGAACAGCUGCCACCAACAACUGAAAAGGCAGACUUACCCGCACCUAGAAAACCAUUUGACGAUUUUCCGUCAACAAUGCAAGAAAAAUCGAGAAGUAGGAGAUUUAAUCCAGAAUCUGCGGUUCCUGCAUCACAAUCUGAAAAUGGACUCCACGAGAAGCAGUAUCUCCAGGAUAUCGGGAUCGAAGAGAAGAAUUCAUCAGUGACGGUAAAUAUGGAUAGGAAUAACUUAAGUUGUACAGCAGAAGCGAGUGGAUCUAUUGCAACUGUUUCUAGUUCUUUGUCGUGCAGUAAUUCUGCAGUAACUCCACGUAGUCCGAAAGUUGAAAAUGUGGCUGUGACAAAAUCGUUGGAAACUAGUCGAAGUGAACCAAAUAGCCCUUCAAAAUCGUCUGCUCCCGUUAUGAACAAUUUUGUAUCAACAAUCAGAUGUCCAUCUCCUUCAGAUUACGAUAGGAGGACGGAAUUCGAUGCUGAGGCACCUGUGCGUCUUGCUAAACGACUUUUUAUAUUAGAUGGUUUCAGAAGGGAAGAUGUUGUGGUCCAUUUGUCAAAAACAAAUGAAUUUGGUAUAUCCGUUGCCGAAGAAUAUUGUGCCUUGUUCAAUUUCUCUGGCAUUCGUUUGGAUGCAGCACUACGGGAUUUCCUUUCAAGAUUUUGUCUUACGGGUGAAACUCAGGAAAGAACUCGUGUUACCGAGCAUUUCGCGAAGCGUUAUUAUGAAUGCAAUCCAACAUUGUUCAAAAGUGCAGACCAAGUUCAUGCACUUACCUGUGCUUUGCUGAUGCUGAACUCGGAUUUACAUGGUCCGAAUGUUGGAAGACGGAUGUCUAGUCGUGAUUUCGUAGAUAAUCUGAGCUACACAGAACAUAUUUUCGAUUGCUCUCUGUUGAAGACUUUAUAUGUAGCUAUCAAGGAGCAGCCUAUCAAAUGGGUUGGUGAGCUGGAAAAGAUGUCGCCUAAUGACAUAUCAGGAGCGGAUGGUACUACUACACAGUUUCAUGAAACAAAGAAAAAAAAGACCCUAUCAAAAUCACGAUCGACAAUAAGUAGUGAUGAUCAGAUUGAGUAUAAAGCUGGUUGGGUUGUGAGGAAGUAUCUUUUUGAUAGAGAUGGAAAGCGAACUCCGUUUGGUCGGCGCGGCUGGAAGAUGGUUUAUGCUCGACUUCGUGGCAUGGUUCUUUAUUUGCAUAAAGAUGAGAGCGGCUUCCGGCGUGGCCGUUUCCAGACAUUCAAUAAUGUUAUCCUUCUGCAUCAUGCACUGGCUGAAAAGCCUGAAGAUUAUAGCAAGAGGCAGCAUGUAUUCAAAUUACGGACAGCUAAUCUCGGUGAAACACUUUUUCAAACGAGUGAUCCGAGCGAAGUGCAGCAAUGGAUUGAUACAAUUAAUUACGUUGCUGCAGCUUUUUCUUCACCAGCAUUACCGGCAUCUGUUUCAAAUCAGGUUGAAGUUUUCCACAAACCGCUACUACCUAGUGCGCCGUCAGGUCUGUCAAUAGUGGAGCAACUAAGAGUACACGAGAAAAAAGAAGAAGAAAUGGGAUUGAAGCUUGCAGAACUUAUGAGAACAGCGCCAUCUUUGAAUGCUAAAGGCCAUAUUGUGCAAGACUUUUUUUACAAAGAACGUUUUCUGUACCAAGAAAGAGAACGUUACCAGCGUUAUGUCGAGGUUCUGCGUGAAAACCUUAGUGUACUCUCACCAUCACAUUCCACGGCAAUACGUGUAGAACCCGUCAUAGGAAUUUAUCGAGUGGGAGAUACAAGUAAGUUGUCCACUUCUACCCAAAGCAAAAUGUUCGCUUGUACAAGCAUAGUGAAAGAGGAACCAGAGGCAGAAGCAAGGGCUGAAAAAGCAGAAGAGGAAGAUUCCGAUCCAGAAUCCGGUGGGUCAGGCACAAGCACGGACCGUUGCAGUUACCAGGAAGCAAUACUGCACAAUCCAGGUCCCCAUUUGUUAAUAUCAAAAUGA